AUGGGUUUCAAAGCAGGAGACGCAAAGAAGGGUGCCAACCUCUUCAAGACCAGAUGUGCUCAAUGCCACACCCUCGGUGAGGGUGAGGGAAACAAGAUCGGUCCUAACCUCCACGGUCUUUUUGGACGUCAAACCGGUUCCGUUGAGGGCUACUCAUACACCGAUGCCAACAAGCAAAAGGCUAUCACCUGGGACGAGAACACACUUUUCGAAUACCUCGAGAACCCAAAGAAAUAUAUUCCAGGAACCAAGAUGGCUUUCGGUGGAUUGAAGAAGGACAAGGACAGGAACGACUUGAUCCAACACUUGAAGGAGGCUACCGCAUAA